AUGAAUAAACCUCGCCGCCUCAGUCGUCCUAAGAAAUUUUUCAAGGAUGUUGAAACUAAAGUAAUAUAUGACAAAGGAAGAAAAUAUGACGACUUUGACGAGAGGGUUUUUCCAAACGUUUUGACAAAUCGUAGCUGCUACUUCAGUCCGGAUCAGAGGGAUGCAGGGCAACUUACUGAUUAUGUAGCCAAUGAUGAAAAUCAAAAAAUAUUGCAAGAACAGAACGGUUCGUGUUGCCAGUCGAAAGAUAUGCAAGAAAUUAUAAAAGAACUGAAGAAUAUCAUACACGAUAUCUUACCUAAGGGCAAACGUAAUUCUAAGGAUGUCUUUUAUAGUCUUGAAGGUAUCAAAGAAGUUAGUCUAGUAAAAUUGCAGGGCAAUGAUAAUGUGAAUGAAUUUGAUAAGUAUGCUUACGAAGGAUCGCAUGAGCAACAAACAAAAGGGCAAUCUAAGGACUAUCAAAAAAAAGUUUACAUUUCUGAUGAACCACACAUUAAAGUCAUCGCUGAAAAAUUUUCUCGAUACAAAAACAACAACGUUGAAUUAAGAAAAUUAAAAGAACGCGUAGUUUGCAUUGAAUACGAUGUUUAUAUCCAAGGCGAAGAAUCGAACUCCGAGCCGUUUCAGAAAUUAAGAGCAUACUUUUCUGUUAAACCGGUUUCUGAAAAUGAAGAUGACACGAUUCCGAAAAUUCCAUCUGCUGCUAAACGACACUGUGAUAUAGCUGAUGAAGAUUUUAAAAACGUUUGUGAAGGAAUCGAAAUGAUCGACGCCAACAUACCAGAAAAUAAAUCAUAUCUCGAAGGCCUUAAAAAUGUUCUCAAACGUCAACAAACUAUUAAAAUUAAAAAGAACAAGGCUUUUAAUCCCAUGUAUUUGUAUCAAAUGGCCAAAAGGGAUAAUCUCCUUUCAAUCGACUAUUCGUGUACGGAUUUUUUCUCGAAGGCCGAAUUGGAUGAAAUAAAAGAUUUGAUUAUGAAGAAAACCACUUCCAGUGCACAUGGCAUAAGUAGAAGAAAAUUGAGACCAGAAAAAGAUGACACUAAGAUAAAAGAAGGAAAUGAAGAAGUAAAGAAAACUAUAAUCGAAGAUCUCUUUAGAGACAUUCAGCUUUAA